GCUUGGGUUGACAUAUGCAAAUUAUUCUUUCAAAUGGGCUGACAUAUGCAAAUGAGGCACAACAAGGGGCUUCAGUUCCUGACCACUGUCAUUUUGCAAGCAGAGUCUUCCACUAGCCAGUAGCUGCCUGUAGGUAAAUAUCAUGGCUGAUGCAGCGACCCCUGCCCCCCCUGCGGAAGAGAACCCCCCUCAGCCUACGACCUGCGAACCCCCUAAGGAGCCCCCUCAGCCUACAACCUGUGAACCCCCUAAACCCCCUCCGGCUGAGAAGGGGUCCAAGGGGCCACUAGAUUAUAUCGCAGGGCUGUUAAAGGAUGAUGAAGCCGAGGACAAAGGAGACGUUAAGAUCAACGUCAAACAGUGUGAGAUGCCGGACGACAUGAAGGAACACGCCACCAACACAGCAACUCCUCUUGUAAAGGAGAAGAAGCCUCACAAGGACAUCGCGUCUGCUCUGAAGAAAGAGUUUGACUCCAAGUACGAGCCGACAUUCAUCUGUAUCGUGGGCACGGACUUCGGAUCCUCCAUCACCCACACCAAGGACUGCUUCAUCUACAUGUACCUCAACAAAACCGCCAUUAUGCUCUUCAAGGUGUAGAGGUCAAAGUUUAGAGGUCAUACCAAGACCUGCAAUAAAAGCUUACAAUGUCAUCUUGUAGCUUAAUAAAAGAGGAAAAGAAAUAAAAGCGAUGUUCUUUCAAUGACUUUUCAUAACGUAAUCAGAAGCAAGGAGGUUUUUUUUCUAAAUAAUCUUUACUUUUAGUUCUGAAAAUCAUUUUGAAUGUCACAGUUUAUUUAAUCUCUUAGCAGUUGUGAUGAGGUGAUCUUCGGUGAAAGUCUGGUAAAAGAAUUUCAUUCUUACACUUUAAGGUGCUUUUUUCUUCCUAAUGCUGCGUUUUGUAGGUGCUCAGUAAGGUUUUAAAAGGUGAAAAAAGACAGACCUAUGCAAUU